AUGUGGAGCAAAGCUAUCGGUAUUGAUUUGGGAACCACGAAUUCGUGUGCAGGAAUAUGGAAAAACGGUAAAGUUGAGAUUAUUCCUAACGACCAUGGUAAUCGCACUACACCUUCGUACGUUGCCUUUUCUCGCGCGGGACGAGCAAUUGGUGAAAAUGCCCGAAAUCAAAUAUUUAUGAAUCCUUCCAACACUAUCUAUAAUAUUAAACGUUUGAUUGGUCGUCAAUUUAUGGAUCCAGAAGUACAGUCUGAUGUGAAGUAUUGGCCUUUCCAAGUCAUUAAUAAGAACGGAAGACCUUAUAUCCAAGUUGAAUACAGGGGUAAAAUCAAACAACUGUCUCCUGUAGAGAUCUUGUCAAUGUUAUUAUGUAAGAUAAAGGAGUCGGCGGAAAUUUUUCUUGAAGAGUCAGUUAGGAAUGUUGUGAUUGCCGGAGGCCCUUAUUUUAAUUAUUCUCAACGUCAAGCCAUAAAAGAAGCGGCCAUGAUCGCUAGAUUAAAUGUUCAUCAAAUAUUUACUGGAUCAGAAGCUGCUGCCGUGGCAUAUAACUUUUAUAAUAGAGUUUCAAAGGAACGCAACAUUCUUGUUUUUGAUUUUGGCGGUGGCACUCUUGAUAUAUCCAUUCUAGCUGUUGAGGAAGGAUUAUUAGAAGUAAAAGCAACUGCCAGCAAUGCUCAUUUAGGUGGUGAAGAUUUUGACAAACGCAUUGUAAAUCAUUUCGUUUUUGAAUUUAAACGAAAAUUCAAAAAGGAUCUCACCACAGAUAAACGUGCCCUGUGCCGCCUUCGGACUGCAUGUGAACGUGCAAAAUGUGCACUGUCGUCACAUACACAAGCUUUCAUCGAGAUUGACUACCUUUUUGAAGAGAUUGACUUCUAUACUUCAUUAACUAGAGAUAAAUUUGUAGAAAUAAAUAUGGCUUUGUUUCGACGCAUCAUAAAACCUGUUGAGAGAGCGCUCCGUGAUGCAAAGAUCGAUAAAUCACAUAUUCACGAAGUAGUCUUGGUUGGUGGUUCUACACACAUUCCAGAGGUCCAGAAAAUAAUUUCCAAAUUUUUUAAUGGGAAAGAAUUAGAUAAGUCAAUAAAUCCCGAUGAAGCCAUCGCCUACGGGGCAGCUCUGUAUGCAGCUUCUUUAUCUGGAGAUUGUUCAGAACAAUUACAGGACACGCUAUUAAUUAGGGUUCUCCCUCGAUCGCUUUGCGUUGAAAUAGGUGACGGAGUCAUGAAAUCAAUAAUAAAACGCAAUUCUUCAAUACCUAAGAGAAAGUACAAAAUUUUAUCAACGGAUUCAGACAAUGCAUCUUAUUUAGUUCUCAAAGUAUACGAGGGUGAACGUACACGAACCAAGGAUAAUGGAUUAAUUUACGAGUUCCAACUAACCGGUAUUCCAUGUGCACCUCGUGGAGUAUCUUGGAUUGAAGUUUGUUACGAUGUCGACUCUCGAGGCAACCUUUAUGUAUGUGUUACUGUGUUGGUAUCGGCUGUUGAUAAGACCCAUGGACGGGCUAACAAGAUUACCAUCGUCGAGGAUGAUAGAUAUGAUAGAUUAUUGAAGGAAGAAUUCGAACAAAUGCUCUUGAAUGCCGAGGAAUAUAAUGCAGAAGACAAAAAGAUUCCCGAAAAAGAACGAGCCCGUAAUAGGUUCGAAAGAUAUUUGGAUAAUUUACGAGAAACUCUUCAGGAUGCGGUCACUUGGUUUAAUGACAAUCAAGAUGCUGAAAGCGAGGAAUACGAAUGUAAACGUGAAGAUACUAUUAAAAAAAUAUCAUGUGAAGCUGAAGAAUUCGAUGAUUAG